AUGAUGGCGGCUGCGGCGGCGGCGGGGAGCGCCAGCGGCGGUGGCAGCAGCGGCGGCGGCGGCAGCGGCAGCAGCAGCAGCGACACGUCCAGCACCGGCGAGGAGGAGCGGAUGCGGCGCCUCUUCCAGACGUGCGACGGCGACGGGGACGGAUACAUUAGCAGAAAUGACUUGUUGAUGGUCUGUCGCCAAUUGAAUAUGGAAGAGUCUGUGGCUGAGAUCAUGAACCAGUUGGGCGCCGAUGAACAUGGGAAGAUUUCCUUUCAGGAUUUUACACGGUGCCGCAUGCAGCUCGUUCGAGAAAUUAGGAAGGAGGAAGUAGGUCUUUCUGAGAAGUCAGACAACUCCUGUAAAAAGAAGAAGCUGAGGGAUAGAAUUGCCUCCUGGCCUACGAGCAGCGACAACAGUUUGGGUGCCCUAUCAGCAGCCAGGGAGAGCUGGGAGUACGACUCGGGAGCCAGGGACCUCCAGAGCCCGGACUUGCAGAGUCAGUGGGCCCUGCAGAAGCUUCUUGAGUACAGUGGACGCUCUUUGCAUCAGCAGGCUGCUGCCCUCCACAAACUGCUCACACAGUCACGGCAUUUUGGCAGCUCUGUAGGAGGAAGCUAUCUGGAGCUGGCCAACACGCUCCACUUGGCAGCCCUGGCAUCACUCAAGGGAGAUAUAGUGGAACUUAAUAAACGUCUGCAGCAAACGGAGCGGGAACGAGACCUUCUGGAAAAGAAAUUAGCCAAGGCGCAGUGUGAGCAGUCCCACCUCAUGAGAGAACAUGAGGAUGUCCAGGAGCGGACGACGCUUCGGUACGAGGAGCGCAUCACGGAACUCCAUAGCAUCAUUGCUGAGCUCAAUAAGAAGAUAGACCGUUUGCAAGGCACCACCAUCAGGGAGGAAGAUGAGUACUCAGAACUGCGAUCAGAACUCAGCCAGAGUCAGCAUGAGGUCAACGAAGACUCUCGAAGCAUGGACCAAGACCAGACCUCUGUCUCCAUCCCUGAAAACCAGUCCACUAUGGUCACUGCUGACAUGGAUAAUUGCAGUGACCUGAACUCAGAGCUGCAGAGGGUGCUGACGGGGCUGGAGAAUGUCGUCUGCUGCAGGAAGAAGAGCAGCUGUAGCCUCUCCGUGGCCGAGGUGGACAGGCACAUCGAGCAGCUCACCACGGCCAGUGAGCACUGUGACUUGGCCAUCAAGACAGUCGAGGAGAUUGAAGGGGUACUUGGCCGGGACCUGUAUCCCAACCUGGCCGAAGAGCGGUCUCGUUGGGAGAAGGAGCUGGCCGGGCUGAGGGAAGAGAAUGAGAGCCUGACCGCCAUGCUGUGCAGCAAAGAGGAGGAGCUGAACAGGACCAAGGCCACCAUGAACGCCAUCCGGGAGGAGCGGGACCGGCUCCGGAGACGGGUUCGAGAGCUUCAAACGCGACUACAGAGCGUGCAGGCCACAGGGCCCUCCAGCCCUGGCCGCCUCACUUCUGCCAACCGCCCAGUUAACCCCAGCACUGGGGAGCUGAGCACAAGCAGCAGCAGCAAUGACAUUCCCAUUGCCAAGAUUGCUGAGAGGGUGAAGCUAUCGAAGACCAGGUCCGAGUCUUCGUCAUCGGAUCGGCCAGUCCUGGGAUCAGAAAUCAGUAGCAUUGGGGUAUCCAGCAGUGUGGCGGAACACCUGGCCCACUCUCUUCAGGACUGCUCCAACAUCCAGGAGAUCUUCCAAACACUCUACUCACACGGAUCUGCCAUCUCGGAAAGCAAAAUUAGAGAGUUUGAGGUGGAAACAGAACGGUUGAAUAGCCGCAUCGAGCACCUCAAAUCCCAAAAUGACCUCCUGACCAUAACGCUGGAGGAAUGCAAAAGCAACGCCGAGAGGAUGAGCAUGCUGGUGGGAAAGUAUGAGUCCAAUGCCACGGCGCUGCGGCUGGCCCUGCAGUACAGUGAGCAGUGCAUAGAAGCCUACGAACUCCUCCUGGCACUGGCCGAGAGCGAGCAGAGCCUCAUCCUGGGGCAGUUCCGGGCGGCCGGCGUGGGCUCCUCCCCUGGAGACCAGUCAGGGGAUGAAAACAUCACUCAGAUGCUCAAGCGCGCUCACGACUGCCGGAAGACAGCUGAGAAUGCGGCCAAGGCCCUGCUCAUGAAGCUGGACGGCAGCUGCGGGGGCGCCUUUGCUGUGGCCGGCUGCAGCGUGCAGCCCUGGGAGAGCCUGUCCUCCAACAGCCACACCAGCACAACUAGCUCCACGGCCAGCAGCUGUGACACGGAGUUCACCAAAGAAGACGAGCAGAGGCUGAAGGAUUACAUCCAGCAGCUCCGGAAUGACAGGGCCGCAGUCAAGCUGACCAUGCUGGAGCUGGAGAGCAUCCACAUCGACCCCCUCAGCUACGACGUGAAGCCCCGCGGGGACAGCCAGCGGCUGGAUCUGGAAAACGCCGUGCUGAUGCAGGAGCUGAUGGCCAUGAAGGAGGAGAUGGCCGAGCUGAAGGCCCAGCUCUACCUCCUGGAGAAGGAGAAGAAGGCCCUGGAGCUGAAGCUGAGCACGCGGGAGGCCCAGGAGCAGGCCUACCUGGUGCACAUCGAGCACCUGAAGUCCGAGGUGGAGGAACAGAAGGAGCAGUGCACGCGGUCCCUGAGCUCCACCAGCAGCGGCGGCAAGGACAAGCCCGGCAAGGAAUGUGCUGAUGCCGCCUCCCCAGCUCUCUCACUGGCUGAACUAAGGACAACGUGUAGCGACAGUGAGCUGGCUGCCGAGUUCGCCAAUGCCAUCCGUAGAGAAAAGAAGUUAAAGGCCAGAGUUCAAGAGUUAGUGAGUGCCUUGGAAAGACUCACCAAGAGUAGUGAAAUCCGACACCAGCAGUCGGCAGAGUUCGUCAAUGACCUAAAGCGAGCCAACAGCAACCUGGUGGCUGCCUAUGAAAAGGCCAAGAAGAAGCAUCAAAACAAACUGAAGAAGUUGGAGUCUCAGAUGAUGGCCAUGGUGGAGAGACACGAGACCCAAGUGAGGAUGCUCAAGCAAAGAAUAGCUCUGCUGGAGGAGGAGAACUCAAGGCCACACACCAAUGAAACUUCACUUUAAUCGGCACUUGGGCACCAAAGCUCUGCCUGUGGAAGCUGAACCUGAGCAGGUCACCGGGGAGAGAAGGGCCCCGGGAGACAGAGCACCUGGUGGGAGAGACAAAAGGGAAGGCCAGCAGGUAGGUCAGCACCUGCGCAAUGGAGUACCGUGGACUCCACGCCGCGGACGAGUGGCCUGCUGACCCCGAGUGGACUGGAGCCAGAGGGUCCCGUUCCUCCCCGUCUGGACCUGGAGACGGCGUGUAAAGAGCAGGCCUUGCUUCUGCUUCUAGCGCGGGCAGCCCCUCCCCAGCCUGUUCUUUCCAGAGGCUGUGCGUCAGUGGUACCCUUGGCAUUUGUUUUAGAAGACCGUCCGUUCUGUUCUUUUUUUGGUGGUGACCGGAUCUCUGACAUCCCCAGUUUCUUGUCUGUCUUUCUCCUUCAGGGACAAACCCUUGACACAUGUGGGAAUGCGGAGGGGGUGUCUUCAGCUUCUAGAACUGCUGAUUUGCUUACUGCAACCAGGCUUUGGUUUUCGAGACCCACGUACCAGCUCUGAGACGCAGGCUGUCACUCAGAGGUGCUCUGAGAGGCGGAUGACAGGCGAUGGUGCGUAGGGGCCACAGUCCCUGAUACACUCGAAGUUACAGGUAGAGCAACCCCAGGGCUUCGCCCUGUACAGUUCUUUUUGGGAGCAUGAGCACUUCACCUCUCACUGUGGAGGUAGCGCUGGGAAGGGCACUUUCUUUUGACUGGGGUGAUUUUCCCUUCCAGUGGAGCCUUAUUAAAGCCAAGACUUAGAGCUGAGAUGGUUCUGUUGAUACACAGAGUGGAACUAAAAUUUUAUCAGGAGUUUCUUCAAGAGCAGGGGAGCACUGUUAGGACUUUUGCCCACCGGAGGGCUCCACAUAACUGCUGUUGUGCAUGAACCAAAAUUCACCCGUAGGAGUACAUACAUAGCUCUGGACCUGCCUCUAUUUCUCUAAGGGCAAGAGGCAGGACACUGAGUAGAAUGUUUUGCAGGCUGAGCCCGCCUAUUUAAGAGACGGCUACGGAACCAUCAGUUCAAGACUUCGCUCCUGCUCUUAUGAAAGGCAGGGGGUAAAGGAAUGGUCGUUGAGACCUCCUUUUAUCCCGCCCCCCAAAGUGGAGGUUAGUAUACGGUACUUAAACAGGUUAAAUUUCAAGCAAAAUGCUGACAGGGCUGGGCCAGGACCAAAGUACCUGAAUUCUUUCAGGAAGGCCUCCAUCUUAAAUUCAUUAUUCCAUCUCUGUCUUUCACUUCUUCUAUAGUUACCCUACACUGAUACAUUGUAAAGGACCACUUGCCUUUCAUUCUGUAGUACUUUAAGAUCCACCCGAAGUCCCCUGGGAAUUAUAUCCCAAGAGUUCACAGUUUUGCUCAUAACCAGGUCACCACAUUAGAGUUCCAAUGUCCAUGAGCUGAAGAUCUGUUUUCAGACAACCUGAUACAAAUUCUUCAGCUGCCUUUGCACUGGAGAAGGCUACUCCAGCCACCACCUUGGAGGGCAGAGCAGUUCAAGCAGUUCUAUCCCAAAAGCAACCACCCUUCUUUCUUAGGCCAGCAGUAAGGCUGCCCAUCUUCCCAAAAAAGUCACCAAAAACCACAAAAACCACUGCCAGUCUGGAAGGACCAGCUUUUGGCUGGUUUGAUCACUGUGAAAGUGCCCACCGGCUCCUGUUUGUUAUGGAUCUUCCAUUUAGUCAAAGUUGGUUCUUGUGAUUUUUUUUUUUUAAUCAAUUUUUACUCUUUGGAUAAAGUUUCAUUUUGUCAUAAGGAAAAUAUGACUGAAAAAGUUAUAUGCAAAAAAAAAAGUUUAAAAGACAAAAUACUGGUUUUCCCCAUUUUUCAGUUUGCCGAGGGGAAAUAUUUGUGACUGAACAGACAUCAAAACAGCUUUCAUCUUCACCAACACUGAAAAGUAUAGCUGACACAGGAAUAUAAUCCUGUCUGCUGACUUCUGUCUACCAUUCUUGGUCCAGCUUAUAAGAAAACUCACCCUUUUAGCGUCAUGUAACUCUUCCAGACCUAAGAGGUCUCAGCUUCUCCAUUAUAAGCCCCAGUAUUACUGACCCUACCUGGCCUCCUUUCGAAUUUAUGCUUCAACAUAAUACUUUUAAAUAUGUGGUGAUUGGGUGAAAACUAUUUCCCCAGAAAAACUGUUACUUUCAUAAAUGUGUGGAAUAAAAACAAGCAAUUAAAUAGUUGAUUUCCUUUCCUUGUAUUUUUCAAAUACUCCCUAAGACAAGAUCCUUGUUGAAGGUGAACCAACAGGCAUUUGUUUAUGCUAAUUGUGGGGCCCACUAAAAUCACAUUGAUUAAAUAAUUGCAGGUACCUGAAGACUUUUUUUUAUAACUUGAGUUUUUCUUUCUAAAUAGUAGCUGGUUUAUAUUAACCUCUCCAUCAAAGGUAAACAAUGAUACUGAUUAAACUUGUAUGAGGUUAAAAGUCUUCAGACUUCCAUGUUUUUGUUUUCCACUUCCCUCAGUAGUUACCUCUUUUAGGCAGUCAUCUUCUCUGUUCCAACUUCGGCUCUUAGAGAAACAGGCAUGGGAAGAAAGGAUCCAUUUCACAGUUCCCUUGCAGUGUAUUUCCCACUGCUGAAUUAAGGUAAAAAUGAUAGGCAAAAGAGACCGUCUGUAGCUGGAGUAGCAUCAAUGUGUGGGCCUACCAAUUGAUCUGAUGUUCUGCCAAAGCCCGUCUGCACCAGCUACCAAAACUGCUAUGGACUCGCAGGUGGUUAAGAUUCCUCUUGGAGACUUAAUACCGAAAGUUAUUUAUGAUUAAAUAUCUUAAGUGAUCAGUUGAGAUUGAUCAAGCCCUUCCUCCUCUCCUGCUCCAGCCCCAGAGGUACACUAGCUGUUUCAUCAUUGCCAAUGCAGGUAAUUAACUGUUUCAGAUUCACGCUCAUCUACAAGCAUGUCAGCUUUCUGAAGUUAAUAUCCAAGCUGUCCGAAACUGGAAUGUUAGGUUAAUAAAAAAUUAAGUGCCAGUUAAACAUAAUUGCUUAAUUCCCCAUUGAGAUGCUUGCACUUGUUGCUAAGUCUUCCUCUGAGCCUGCAGCAAUACUUUUACAGGGAUCUCAGAGAACUUUAAAUGAGAGCCUUGACAUUCUGACUACUCCAGAAAGGCGACCAAAUUGGAGCCUAUAUGAUUUCUUCUUAAAAACUGUUAAAGUGGGCGCCUGGGUGGCUCAGUUGGUUAAGCGACUGCCUUUGGCUCAGGUCAUGAUCCUGGAGUCCCAGGAUCGAGCCCCACAUCGGGCUCCCUGCUCCACGGGGAGUCUGCUCCUCCCUCUGACCCUCUUCCCUCUCGUGCUGUCUCUCAUUCUCUCUCUCAAAUAAAUAAAAUCUUUAAAAAAAAAAAAACCAAAAACUGUUAAAGUAGUAAAAUCCUUACUAGCCUCAUCCUAAGAAAAACCUGAAACUGUAUGAAAAUCUCCUAGUGCCUACCUGCAUAUCGAUUAUAAUAAAAAAACACCCCAUAGUUUUACCUCAUCUGGACUGGACUAUGCCACUGGCAUGAGUUAGGAACCUCUGUAGUUGCCUGUUCUCUUCUAAAGGUGUUCUACGGCCACUAGUUACCCUGCAAUUAUUUUUAAACUCUGUCAAUUAUCUUAAAGCUCUCGAGAGUUUGGGGUGUCACGUUCAUAUGUUAAGUAGUGAGAAAGACAUCCAGACUACAGAAAACAGCCAAAGGAUCCCUAAAACUUUUAAGCCAUUAGCAGACGCCUAACUGGGAGUUACGUCUCCUCUGUGAAACUAUCUAAAGCGAACAGAUCAUGCUAGGUUUAUAGCCGUUCCUGUAUUUCUAGAUGCAGCAGAGAUAGAACAUUUUUGGAGGCCAAAAGGGAGAGAAUUCUCUGAUGAGUGAAAUUUCUGCACUGAAUUGAAUUAGGGUGCAGUUACAGGGUUGCCGAGGUUUUUUCCUGCAGCUUUGUAGAACCACAGUAUAAAAAAAAACUCCAAAAAAAAGUCAGAGAGCAAAUAUUUUUCUAUUUAUCUAUGUGGAAUGGCCUAUUUGACAAGCAAUGAUACAAACUCUACUUGCUGCCCACCUAUUUCUCACUGAGGUUUAUCCAAAUCCUAUUCUGUUUCAUUGAAACCUUGUAUUUAUGUAGGCCAGGCUGAAAGCUAUGAAUCUGUGGCCUUCUGAAGUUCCCUGUUUCACACCCUUGAAGUUACUUUCUAAUAGAUAUGUGUCUUCAGCUGCCAAGCACUCACUUUUUAGAAUUGGACCCAGAACUACCUAAGUAAUGCUGACUGCUGCCACCGUUAUCAUCACUGAGCACUCGACGGCUGUUAAAAUACAACCAAGCUGAAAAGCAGCUGUACCUGCAUUCUUGUUUUACCAAUUCCUGUAUAGAGGAAGACAGUUUCACAUACAACGGUUGCAUUUUUGACUAAGAGUUAUAUUGGAUAAAUUCUCUAUCACACUGCAUCUGAGUGAGCGCUUGCAUGGGACCAAGACAAGAAAUCAAUCUGCCCCAUAGCAGCAACUGCUAUUGAGUAACUAGAUCCUUGACUAAUAGUGCUUGAUUUUUCCAUAGUCAAGGUUGCUACAAAUCACUCAUCCACUGAUCAUCUGAAAUACCAGCUUAGCAGAAUGAAGAAACAAGCUAUAUACAAAAUUCCCUCACAUUCACACCGAUGACCUACUUUUAGAUAGUGCUUGCUGUACCUUUUACUUUUGCACUUUCUGCAAAUCAAAUCCAUGUGGAAAAUGUUUUGUAGAACUCACAGAAUUCACUAAGAGUACUCGUGUCAACGACUGCCAAGUGAAUGAGAGCCCCUAAUAAUCUGCUUUUGUUUGAACCUAAUGCAAAGAUGACACAUGUUCUUUUCUAUUCCUAAUCAGUUUCUAGACAUAUUAAGACUUACUUUGCAUGAGAUUUAAGUUUCCUAUUAUUUGAAAAUGUGCUUUUAAACCACUUGAAUUAGAAGAACCUGCUUGAAUGUACGGUCAGUUAUUAAAGCACAUGUGACUGAGUUGGCAUUUGUCAGUAUUGUUCUACUGUUUGUACUGAAAGUCUCAUUUUAAAAUUGUCCCUUAACACUGUACUAUACCUUGUAAUUUUUUAGAUUCUUCACUUGUAUGCUUUAAAUGCUUCCAGAUGCCUUUAGUUUUAGCUGCUGUAAAAUAGCUACUUUGUGUUAUUUGAUAUAGAAUUGUUUAAAAAAAACUCCAUUUAUUUAUACAGAGACAUUUAUAAUAUUUUACAAACAUUCUUAUAUUCUGAAUAAAUAUUUCUA